AUUCGCGGUGCCUUGCUCUCAUUUAGCACGCACUGGUUGCAAAUGUGUUAAUGUGUUUACUUAAUGUGGGAUAAUGCCAACAAUGUAAAGUGUUAUUGCAGUUACGCAAUUAACAAACACGACUGUUGUCGCUUUAGAUAUGUUAUCAGUGUGUCAUUCCACAGCUAAAAGUCAAGAAGCAACAUUCCCACGAGAAAAAAAUGGAGCGCCGAGGGAGCUAUUUCUUUACGAUCCGGCGUCAGGCUGUAUUAAUGGUGUAAACUGGGAGCUAGUCCAUCUUCAAGAAGCACCUUUUCCUUUCGACUGGACAUGCACAGGCGCUCAUGUUCAACGCCAUUGUGAUGCCGUUUAUCUGCAUGCUGCAGUUGCAGCUCGUGUCCACAGAGGGGCAGCGUGGGACCAACCGGCCUGUAUUUUAUGCUGUGGAAAUGGACGGAGGCGUCAGAGCAGCAAGGGACCUGGCCGAGCAGCACGGACUUGAGUUCAUAUCACGGGUUGGCAGUCUGGAGAAUGUGUACAGCCUGAAGGACAGCAGGGAGCCCCAGGACCAAGCCCCCCUGGAGGCACAACUCCAACACACAGCGGGGGUGGUUUGGCUCCAGAGGCAGCAGGGUUUCCAUAGAGACAAACGUUUCUCUAUCACACAACUGGACGCGAGUCAAGUUCACGGGCCUCCAAGGCAGAAGAAUGUAACUGACAGGAGGUCCAAGAAGAAGAAGAAGCUGACUGACUACUCUCCCCUUACCUUCAAUGACCCUCUCUGGCCCCUGCAAUGGGAAUUGUUUGCGCAGGUGCCCUACAGGUCCAGUAGCUUGGACCUUAAUGUCAUGCCGGUUUGGAAGAAGAACAUCACGGGGAACGGCGUUGUGGUCAGCAUCAUCGAUGAUGGUGUGGACUACACUAACGAGGAUCUGAAAAGGAACUUUGAAGCCCUUGCCAGUGUUGACCUGCUGAGUUCACAUGGUCUCUCCAAUGACCCCAUGCCCAUCAGGGAUGAGGAGAACGGUCAUGGCACCCGCUGCGCGGGUGAGAUAGCCAUGGAGGCGAACAACUCCUACUGCGGGGUGGGCAUCGCGUUCAAUGCCAGAAUAGGAGGGAUCCGCCUGCUGGGCGGCCCCGUCACCGACGCCAUGGAGGCCGUGGCCCUCACCUUCAGCCCCAACCUCAUCCACGUCUACGUGUGCUCCUGGGGGCCCCCCGACAACGGCUCUGAGCUGGGGGGCCCCGGCCGCCUCGCCCGUCGGGCCCUCCAGUGGGGAGCGCACAAGGCGAGCUCUCUUCUACUGUGGCCCCCGCACUGGGACCCGGGGGUCUGGGGUUUACACAGGCUCCACGUCUCAGUCACGCUUAGCCAGGGCCGACACGGGCGGGGCAGUGUCUUCGUGUGGGCGUCGGGGAACGGCGGGAUCCACCGCGACCACUGUGGAGCCGAUGGCUACGUCAACUCUGUGUACAGCAUCGCUGUGGGAGCUGUCACUCACACCGGGGAGCCCGCCUUCUAUGGAGAACCCUGCCCCGCCAUCAUGGCGGUCACGCCCACUGGAGCCAACCCGGACGGAUCUCUGCCGCUGGUGACCGUGUCGAACCUGGAGGAUGGCUGUCAGACCCGGUUUCCAGGGACGUCCAGUGCAGCACCCUAUGCUGCUGGUAUACUGGCUCUAGUCUUGGAGGCCAAUCCUGAGCUGACAUGGAGGGACCUCCAACACCUCAUCGCCAGGACCGCCAGGAUCCCUGAUCCCUCGGAGCCAGGGUGGAUGAUCAAUGGAGCCGGCUACCACGUGCACCACAGGUACCUCGCUGCGCCGACACUCCUCCCCCCGCUCCUCCAACCCCCUUCCAACCCUGCGGAGAUGGGUGUUAUGAAUGUUGACACGCCCAUUCACACUUGGUUGGUGCCAUUGUAGGGCCAGGGGGCCUUGGCCCUCCCUGGGAAGGGAACACAUGAGGGAUUACAUCAAAGCCCACC